AUGUCCACUCUCGCCCCGGCACCGAACGUGCCGAACCCCCGGAAUGCCGGCCGGAAAAAGAGCAACCCGGUAUGGGAAUUCUUCACCGACCUUCGAGUACAUGGAUUGGCUGGUGUUCGAUGUCGUUUUUGCCAUUGGGUGACGAAUGACCGUAGCCCGACCACGAUGAAAUUUCACUUGAAGCGAAAGCACGAUACCGGGCCUGGAGUAUCCGCCAGCCAAGAUGACUUCCUGCAAACACUUCUCCAGCAGGCCCAAAAUCUAGCCGCCUCGUCGAGUCCACCAGAGCUCCGGGACCCCGUAAAAUCGGAAGAUGUCGAAAAUAUGAACAUUAUCGAAGGACUGUUGCUGCCCAGGAUAGAGUCUUGCAAGCACUCCGACCACUCCUCCGACGCCUCUUACCCUACAAAUUUGGCAUCGCCCGAUUUUAGCCUAGCAGACGGUGCCUCAAUCGCCGGCCUGCUGCAGAUCGCCACUGAGUCCGACCUCACCUUCACCUUUAAUGCGAGGAGGAGCGGCGAGUACUGCUUUGAGAGCAACAAGAAGAGCAAAGAUGGCAGUCAGGAUAAAAUGGUCGUCUUCUCCGAUCACGGGCCAGAGAUACGGGUGGAGCAGAAGGUGAACGGGAAGGAGCUAUCCGUGGAAAUGUGGCGCAAGAGCGAUUGGACCCAAUUUUGCUGGGCCGUCCGCGGGACGUGUCUCCAUUUUUUGAAGAGCUAC